GAGGGCUCCGCGGCUCCCGCAGCGGUUGCUAUGGCGCCGGUCGCCGCGGGGACCGGGUGGCGGCUGCUGUGGGUGCUGGGCGCCGCCGGGCUUGCGGCCGUGGGCGCGCCCAAGCCCCCCAACAUCGUGCUCCUGCUUAUGGACGACAUGGGGUGGGGCGACCUAGGAGUAUAUGGAGAACCUUCCAGAGAGACCCCAAAUUUGGACCGGAUGGCUGCAGAAGGGAUGCUUUUCCCAAACUUCUACUCAGCCAACCCGCUGUGCUCGCCAUCACGGGCAGCUCUGCUCACUGGACGCCUGCCCAUCCGCAGCGGCUUCUACACCACCAACGGGCAUGCCAGAAACGCCUACACGCCGCAGGAGGUCGUGGGUGGCAUCCCGGCUGAGGAGCGCCUGCUGCCUGAGCUGCUGAAGGGGGCCGGCUACACCAGCAAGAUCGUGGGCAAGUGGCAUCUGGGCCACAGGCCUCAGUUCCACCCCCUGAAGCAUGGAUUCGACGAGUGGUUCGGGUCCCCCAACUGUCACUUUGGACCAUAUGACAACAGGGCCAGGCCCAACAUCCCUGUGUACAGGGACUGGGAGAUGGUCGGCAGAUACUACGAGGAAUUCCCCAUCAAUCUGAAGACCGGGGAAGCCAACCUGACGCAGGUGUACACGCAGGAAGCGCUGGACUUCGUGCGGAGGCAGCAUGCGGCUCGGCGCCCCUUCUUCCUGUACUGGGCCGUCGACGCCACCCACGCGCCCGUGUACGCGUCUCGGCCCUUCCUGGGCACCAGCCGGCGAGGGCGGUACGGGGACGCUGUCCGGGAGAUCGACGACAGUGUUGGGAAAAUCCUGAGCCUUCUCCGGAACCUGAGGAUCGCAGAGGACACGUUUGUUUUCUUCACCUCCGACAAUGGCGCUGCCCUCAUUUCUGCUCCUAAACAAGGCGGUAGCAACGGCCCGUUCCUGUGUGGGAAGCAGACCACGUUUGAAGGUGGGAUGCGGGAGCCUGCGAUCGCGUGGUGGCCCGGGCGAGUCCCUGAGGGCCAGGUGAGCCACCAGCUGGGCAGCAUCAUGGACCUGUUCACCACCAGCCUGUCCCUCGCGGGGCUGGCCCCGCCUAGCGACAGGGUGAUCGACGGCCUGGACCUGCUCCCUGCCAUGCUAUGGGGCCAGCUGACAGACAGGCCAAUAUUCUAUUACCGCGGCAACACGCUGAUGGCGGCCACCAUCGGCCAGUACAAGGCCCACUUCUGGACCUGGACCAAUUCUUGGGAGGAGUUCAGACAGGGCAUCGAUUUCUGCCCCGGGCAGAACGUCUCAAGAGUCACCACCCACACGCAGGAGGACCACACGGAGCUGCCCCUGAUCUUCCACCUGGGACGAGACCCCGGGGAGAGGUUCCCCCUCAGCUUUGCCAGCCCUGAGUACCUGCAUGCCCUUCGCGGGGUCACCCUGGCCGUCCGACAGCACCAGGAGACCUUGGUUCCUGGACAGCCCCAGCUCAACGUGUGCAACCGGGCCGUCAUGAACUGGGCGCCUCCGGGCUGUGAAAAGUUAGGGAAGUGCUUGACGCCCCCGGAGUCCGUCCCAGAGAAGUGCUCCUGGCCCCACUAGUGCCUGCGGCCAGGAGGACUCUGGCCUCAGGGCUCCCUGCCAGACGAACCCUGAGUCCCAGCUGCCCU